AUGCCCGGAGCAGUUCUCUCAGCGCAGUCGCUCUACAUUGGGAUGGAGGUGCUGAUUGCAGUCGCGUCUGUAAUGGGAAACGUGAUGGUGGUUUGGGCGGUUAAAAUUAACAAAUCGUUGCGAGAUAACACGUUUUGCUUCAUCGUGUCACUGGCUCUGGCGGAUAUCGCAGUGGGAGCCCUGGUCAUUCCUUUGGCGAUUACUAUCAGCAUCGGACUCCAAACUCACUUUUACAGCUGCCUGCUCGUCGCGUGCACGGUGCUGGUACUGACGCAAAGUUCAAUCCUGGCCCUACUGGCUAUUGCAAUUGACCGCUAUCUCAGGGUCAAGAUCCCGACCAGGUACAAGCGGGUGGUGACCCCUCGGCGUGCGGGGCUGGCAGUGGUGAUAUGCUGGACGGUGGCCUUCAUCGUGGGGUUAACCCCCAUGUUAGGCUGGAACAACCUGAAGCGCCUCCAGCAGAACGGCUCCAUCAGCUCUGACCUUAUUAUCACCUGCCAAUUUGAAAAUGUCAUCAGCAUGGACUACAUGGUCUAUUUCAACUUUUUCGGUUGGGUGCUGCCGCCACUGCUUCUUAUGCUGGUCAUCUAUGCAGAGAUCUUCUACGUGAUCCACAAGCAACUCAACAAUAAGAAGUUCACCACCAGUCACACAGACCCCAACAGGUACUAUGACAAGGAGCUGAAUCUUGCAAAAUCGCUGGCUCUGGUUCUUUUCCUCUUCGCGGUCAGCUGGCUCCCCCUCCACAUCAUCAACUGCAUCACACUUUUCUGCCCUGAGUGCAAGAAGCCUAUAGUCCUCAUCUACAUCGCCAUCCUGCUCACCCAUGGCAACUCUGCUGUCAACCCAAUUAUCUACGCUUUCCGUAUUAAGAAGUUCCGCACGGCCUUCAAGAAAAUCUGGCAGCAGUAUUUCUGCUGCAAGGACACACCAGCUCUGGAAAUUCAGCCAAGCGACAGAAAAGAGAUGCCCAAUGCGGAGCCAGCGACACCACCACAGCCCCCUCAGAAGGAAAGCCUAAAAUAUGAUCCACCACAACAGCAGCCGCCUCCACCUGAACAGCAGCAGGACCAGAGGACCGAACCACCUCAACAACCUAAAGAGCAUCCGCCUUUACUGGAGCAGAACACAGUCUAA